AUGCUGGACGUUUUCGAGAUCCUGACCACCUCCGGGGUGGUGCUGUGGUCGAGGUCUACCUCCAAUAUCGGGGCCUCCGCAGUCAACAGUUUGAUCAACGAUGUCUUUAUCGAGGAGAAAGUCCGGCCGCCGGCCUCCCAGUCGGGCCAUCCUGCAUAUAAGCAUGAGAAAUACACUCUGAAAUACACCCUGGUCAAAGACCUGGGUCUGAUCUUCGUCGCGGUUUACCAGUCCCUCCUGCACCUGACCUGGGUCGACAAACUCCUCGACGAUAUCCGAACCAUAUUCGUGCAAGUGUACAGAGGACAGUUGGAGGAACUCGACCAUGCGGUGCUGAAAUAUCCCUUUGACAAAUACUUCGAUGAGGAGCUACGCAGACUGGAUCAGAGUGCGAGUGCACACGGCGCCGAGACCCCUCGAGUCCAAGUGCAGGAGGAGAAGAAAAUCAGCGCAGAAGAGGCCGACACUGGAGGUCCACCGCCGCCAGAACUGCCUCAGCUGCUCAAGGCACAGCCACGAGCUGUGCCGGUGGUGAACGGGGAUUCUACACAGCAUACACCUGCUCAAUCGCCUAAUUCAUCGCGCCCCACCACUCCUCUGCCAGGUGUUGCGGGACAUCUGUUGACGGAGAAAGUGAGACCGGGCAGUCGGGGUUCACGCAGAGCCAGAAAGGCCGCGCACACCGUCACCACGAAUGCUUCUUCUGGCGACGAGGCCAGGAGAUCGAAAACACCUCAAAAAGCUGCCAAGAAGGGCCGAGUCUGGGGUCCAGACGGAAUGGCCGACGAAGUAGACGACAAGAACCUCGACUAUUCUGCCAUCGACUCGGAUGCAACUGGCGGGGCAGGGGUAAGCUCUCCCGCCCCAGAGGCAAUCACUCAAGACAGUUGGGGCACCAAGAACAAGCAGGGGCAAUUCGUCUUGAAGGAUCUUGGCGACGAAGUAACGAAUAUUCUCAAAUCGGCAGACACAGGCCGAGUCCAGACUCAGGGUAGUGGGACCACGAAACUCGGAGCGAUCUCCGGCUAUUUCAGAAACAUUGUUGGAGGGAAAACGCUGACCAAACAAGACCUCGACAAGCCCCUGAAGGCUAUGGAAGAGCAUCUCAUCAACAAAAACGUUGCGCGCGAUGCCGCAGUCCGGAUCUGCCAAGGUGUGGAGGCGGAGAUGGUGGGUAAAAAGACAGGAGCCUUCGAGUCUAUCGAGACAGCCUUGCGGCCUGCCCUGGAGACGUCCCUGAGACGGAUCUUGACGCCCAGAUCGUCAUUGGAUCUUCUGCAACAAAUCGAGGCCGUCACAACCCCAUCAGGUGCCAAAGCCAAACCCCGCCCUUUCGUGGUCACGAUCCUCGGGGUCAACGGUGUGGGGAAGUCGACCAAUCUUUCGAAACUCUGCUAUUUUCUACUGCAGAACAACUAUCGCGUGCUGAUUGCCGCGGGGGAUACCUUCAGAUCCGGAGCGGUGGAACAACUCAACGUCCACGUGCGGAACUUGAAGGAGCUCACGGCGCGAGAAAACUUGGGGGCCGUGGAUAUCUAUGAACGGGGAUACGGCAAAGACGCCGCCAACGUGGCCAAAGACGCGGUCGCCUUCGCCGCCGCCAACGACUACCAAGUCGUUCUGGUCGACACUGCCGGUAGAGCGCACACAAACACGCAGCUGAUGGCGUCGCUGGAGAAGCUGGUCGACCUUGCACAACCGGACUUGAUCUUGCAGGUGGCCGAGGCCUUGGUCGGGAAUGACUCUGUUGGGCAGGCGCAGAACUUCACCAAAGCGCUGGGGAAGAACCGCAAGCUGGAUGGCUUCAUUGUGUCCAAGAUCGAUACGGUUGGAUCUGGGAUCGGGACCAUGAUUAGUCUGGUCCAUGCCACUUCGGUGCCGGUGCAAUUCAUCGGCGUGGGUCAACACUAUGGUGAUCUUCGACAAUUGUCGGUGCCCUGGGCAGUGACUAUGUUGAUGAGCUAG